AUGGCGAUGAAAUAUUUGAAGUGUAAGCGAAGUAUUAUUAUCUGAAGAUUCGUAAGGAUGCAACUCCGUUUUUCGAAACAUUUCAUAAAUUAUAUUCUACCAGCAACAAUUGGGAAAGUUACACGCGGAAAGAAAGAAAACGGAAUCUAGUGCAAAUUCACUAUUUCUCUCAACACGAAAAAAUAUGCGUCGCGCCAAAAAUAAAGUUAACAAAAGUGCAUUACUUAGUUACCACCUGACAUUAAGAAACCGCACAUAUUACAUAGCAAAGAAGUCUGGGGUCAAAACAGUUGUAGCAGAUUUGGACGAAUAAAUCUUGUUUGGUUUUUAAAGGUGUUGAGACUGCAUAGCAAGACUUCUUGUUGCAGCCCAAAAACAUUUUCAUGAGGACGUACAUCCACACGUUCAGAAAAACGGCGGCAGCGAUAUAAAAAGCGGGACUUCAGUUGAUGUAUGUAUGUAUUGUUCUCGGAAAAGUGGUUUUCUGAACAAAAGUAAAAUGGCCCCAGAGAAUAAGAAAAUUUUUUGAAGUUAAGGUAUUUAAAAACGUUGCACUUAAUUUUCAAACUACACAGUUAUCAUAUUCUUAGCUUAAGUAUUCGUAGGCGGUGUACCUAAUAUAGGUGUAAAAAAUUUCAAAUGUAUAAACGUACGUUUGUUGCUUUAAAAUCUGAAAGAUUGCCGGCAUUGAAAUUGUUUAGCUUUACAUAAAAUUGGUGCUGUUUUGACAUUGAAAUAGUUGCAGGCAAUAUGGAAAUCAGAACAAUUACAAAUGUAUCAACUGCUAAAAGUCAACAUUACAACAGCCAUAAUAACAUCGACAGCAACAACAAGAAAGACAGGCCAAUACGAAAAAGCAACAGCGCCAAAAUGCCAACGAUCAAAUUAGGGCAGCACAAAAAGCGGUCGCUCAUGCAUGCGCGAUUUGUAGGUGUAGAAAUAAACGGCUGGAAUUUAGAACAAUGCCUAUUUUGGAAUUUCUGGCAAACUAUAAUGUUUUUUUUAAUGAAACUUGGUGGAGAUGUUAGUGAGGUGUUAAGGAACACUAUUUAUAACUUUAAAUUAAUCGGGAAAUAAUAAUUUUUUAAUUAUUUACAUUCAAAAUGCCCUUGGGAACAUCAGUAUAAUUUGCCACAUUACACUCUAUAUUUUUUAACAUUUCACUAUAAAUCACCAAAUAUACACUCACACGCGUGUUUUUACCGAUUUUUAUGCUAAUAUUCUAAUUAUAUCUAUUAAAAUUAAAUGCAAAUACAUUUGCCUAUGCAAUCACAUUCCAAUUUUAAGCGCGAAUAAGAAGA